UCACUGUGAUGUGGAAUGUUAAAGAGGGUGAUUAAACGAAUUUUUGGGCUAGAUGACUCUCAUGGUGGAGAUUAUGUAAUCUUAUCAAACUUGUGUGCAAGAGCUGGGAGAUGGGAAGAUGUGGAUUUCCUAAGGAAAUUGAUGAAAGAUAAAGGGGUAGUAAAAGUUCCUGGUUGUAGCUCCAUAGAGGUGGACAACGUAGUGCAUGAAUUCUUCUCUGGGGAUGGGGUGAAUACUGUUUCAACAUCUCUUCAUAAGGCGCUUGAUGAGUUAAUGAAGGAAUUGAAGAUGGUUGGUUAUGUACCUGAUACUUCCCUAGUUUUUCGUGCGGAAAUGGGAGAAGAAGAGAAAGAAAUUCACUUCGUUAUCAUAGUGAGAAAUUGGCCAUUGCUUUUGGACUCCUAAACACUCCCCCUGGAU